UUAGGUUUGCAAGGGUUAGUACUUUGUAAAUGGUGGUACCUGCUUUCUUCUUUCGAGGGUUCUAUCUUUGAAACAUGGUGGCUGCUGCUGCAAGGACAACACCAAAAUUAGGGUUUGAGCUAGGUUUGUCACUCUUGCUCGUGUUCUUCUUCGUUGGAGCAGAAGCAAAGUGUCACAGCUGUGACCUGGGCUUGGCUUCUUUUUAUGUGUGGGAAGGCUCUAAUCUCACAUACAUCUCCACCGUCACAAAUACAACUAUUCAAGAGAUUCUUAACUACAACAAACAAAUAACCAGCAAGGAUAGUGUUGCUGCUGGAACCAAAGUAAACGUUCCUUUCUCGCGCUGCGAAUGCUUCAAUGGUGAUUACUUGGCUCAUAUAUUCCAGUACAACGUCAACACAGGCGAUACCUUCUAUACUAUCGCUACGAAAGCCUAUGCGAACCUAACGACCGUGGAAUGGUUGCAGAGUUGGAACAGUAAUAUCCCUGCCCUUAACAUUCCAGACACUGCCCAGCUCAGCGUUGCUGUCAAUUGUUCUUGUGGGGAUAGCAGUGUGUCCAAGGAUUAUGGUUUGUUCGUGACUUACCCUCUUCGCCCUGGUGACACCUUGUCUUCGGUCGCCACUGAGUUCGGCGUAAAUUCGACUUUGGUGCAGAAGUACAACCCCAGCACGAAUUUCAGCCAUGGGAGUGGUUUGGUGUUCGUUCCUGGCAAAGAUACAACAGGAACAUUUCCAGCCUUGAAGACAAGUUCAGCAGGAAUAUCAAGCGGAGCAAUUGCUGGCAUUUCUGUUGCAGGAGUAGCCCUGGCACUAUUUCUGGCAGGUUGUAUUAUUUUUCUGGUUUACAGAAGGAAGAAGGUUAAAGAGGCGUCAUUGCUUCACUCAGCAUCUGAACAUCUUUCUAUUCAUCAUCAGCGUGGUUCUGGGAGUACCUUGGAUAAAGCUACUGAAUCAACUGCUCUUGUUGGUGUUGUGCCCUCGAGUCCUACAGCUAUCACUGUGGACAAAUCAGUGGAGUUCUCAUAUGAAGAGCUUUCCAAGGCUACAAAUGACUUUAAUAUAGCUAGCAAAAUUGGUCAAGGUGGGUUCGGGGCAGUUUACUAUGCCGAGCUGAGAGGCGAGAAAGCUGCAAUCAAGAAGAUGGAUAUGCAAGCCUCAAGAGAAUUCUUUGCAGAAUUGAAGGUUCUGACGCAUGUUCAUCACUUGAACCUGGUGCGCUUGAUAGGAUACUGUGUUGAGAAAUGUUUAUUUCUGGUAUAUGAGUUUAUUGAGAAUGGCAACUUAAGCCAACAUUUGCGUGGUUCAGGGAAGGAUCCACUUCCAUGGUCUAGUAGGGUACAAAUUGCCCUUGAUUCGGCCAGAGGUCUUGAAUAUAUCCAUGAGCAUACCGUUCCUGUCUAUAUCCAUCGUGACAUUAAAUCAGCUAACAUUUUGAUCGACAACAACUAUCAUGGCAAGGUUGCAGAUUUUGGGUUGGCAAAACUGACAGAAGUUGGAAAUUCAUCGCAAACACGUCUAGUGGGUACAUUUGGAUAUAUGGCCCCAGAGUAUGCUAAAUAUGGUGAGGUUUCUCCUAAGGUUGAUGUCUAUGCUUUUGGAGUUGUCCUUUAUGAACUUAUUUCGGCCAAGGAAGCUGUGCUCAAGGGAACUGCAUCUAGUGUUGAAUUAAAAGGACUCGUGGCCUUGUUCGAGGAUGCUCUUAAUCAGCCCGACCCAAAAGAAGAUCUCCGCAAACUAGUUGACCCUAGGCUUGGGGAUGAUUAUCCGCUUGACUCAGUUCUUAAGAUGGCUCAGCUUGCCAUGGCUUGCACACAAGACAAUCACGAGUUGAGGCCAAGCAUGAGGUCAAUGGUGGUUGCACUAAUGACCCUUUCUUCCUCAACUGAGGAUUGGGAUGUCCGCGCUUUCUAUGGAAACCAGCCAUUAGUAAAUCUAAUGUCAGGAAGGUAGCAGCUAGCAGGGGACAUUGGAUUCUCAUGUACUUACGCAAAAGAAUACUUAGUAUGAGAAUUUGUUGGUUGAACUAUGUGAAAUGCUGCAUGAUGAGGCCAUGAGUAAGAAGAUGAAGAGAAAACAUCGAGGGUAAGUAGAGAGAAAAGGAUAGGAAAAUAUUCAAUCGCCAUGAUUGAGCACAUAAUCCCAAUGUGUAUAAGUAAAUAAAUCUGCAAAUUGCAGGUUUUCCCCCUUUGGUGUG